GGCACCGGCUGGGGGCGAGCCGACCUCGAGCAGCCGCCGCCGCCGCCGUCGUUGCUACUGCCGCAGCGGAGUUCAGAGGCCCCGGAGGUGGGAGACUUCCCACACGGUGACUGAGAUGUCGUCCACUGCGGCUUUUUACCUUCUCUCUACGCUAGGAGGGUACUUGGUGACCUCAUUCUUGUUACUUAAAUACCCGACCUUGCUCCACCAGAGAAAGAAGCAGCGAUUCCUCAGUAAACACAUCUCUCACCGCGGAGGUGCUGGGGAAAAUUUGGAGAAUACAAUGGCAGCCUUUCAGCAUGCGGUUAAAAUCGGAACUGAUAUGCUAGAAUUGGACUGCCAUAUCACAAAAGAUGAACAAGUUGUAGUGUCACAUGAUGAGAAUCUAAAAAGAGCAACUGGGGUCAAUGUAAACAUCUCUGAUCUCAAAUACUGUGAGCUCCCCCCUUACCUUGGCAAACUGGAUGUCUCAUUUCAAAGAGCAUGCCAGUGUGAAGGAAAAGAUAACCGAAUUCCAUUGCUGAAGGAAGUUUUUGAGGCCUUUCCUAACACUCCCAUUAACAUCGAUAUCAAAGUCAACAACAAUGUGCUGAUUAAGAAGGUUUCAGAGUUGGUGAAGCGGUAUAAUCGAGAACACUUAACAGUGUGGGGUAAUGCCAAUUAUGAAAUUGUAGAAAAGUGCUACAAAGAGAAUUCAGAUAUUCCUAUACUCUUCAGUCUACACCGUGUCCUGCUCAUUCUUGGCCUUUUCUUCACUGGCCUCUUGCCCUUUGUGCCCAUUCGAGAACAGUUUUUUGAAAUCCCAAUGCCUUCUAUUAUACUGAAGCUAAAAGAACCACACACCAUGUCCAGAUGUCAAAAGUUUCUCAUCUGGCUUUCUGAUCUCUUACUAAUGAGGAAAGCUUUGUUUGACCACCUAACUGCUCGAGGCAUUCAAGUGUAUAUUUGGGUAUUAAAUGAAGAACAAGAAUACAAAAGAGCUUUUGAUUUGGGAGCAACUGGGGUGAUGACAGACUAUCCAACAAAGCUUAGGGAUUUUUUACAUAACUUUUCAGCAUAGAAAAAGAGGUACUUAGAAGUAUUGAAGGAAAAAAUGAAGACCUAAGAAAAAAAUAUUUCAUGAUCAUUUCCCUAAGCCAUUUCCAGAAUGGUAAAAGGUUUAAUCAGUUUUUAUUACCUCAUUUUUAAGCCUGUAUGAGAAUGUAGAAACUAUAUAUUAUAUGUAUAUUUAUUUUAAAUAAUAUUGUAUAUUUUAUGUUUGUAAAUUGUUUAGAAAGAUAAUUGGUUAUGAGAUGUAAGUUUUAAUUUCUUAAUGUGCAUUUUUGUUUCUAGAUCUUAUACAGAAAUCUUGAUUAAUAACAUACACAGAAAUGUACAUACUACAUCAUCUACAGAAAUCUUGAUCAAUAACCUAGAUAACCUAGUUUCUAGGUUAUUGAUCAAGAUUUCUGUAGAUGAUGUAGUGUUCUAUCAUAAGUAAUUCUGGGAUCAAAGACUAUUGGAGGCCGGGCGCGGUGGCUCACGCUUGUAAUCCCAGCACUUUGGGAGGCCGAGGUGGGCGGAUCACAAGUUCAGGAGAUCGAGACCACGGUGAAACCCCGUCUCUACUAAAAAUACAAAAAAAUUAGCCGGGCGUGGUGGCGGGCGCCUGUAGUCCCAGCUACUCGGAGAGGCUGAGACAGGAGAAUGGCGUGAACCCAGGAGGCGGAGCUUGCAGUGAGCCGAGACUGCGCCACUGCACUCCAGCCUGGGUGACAGAGCGAGACUCCGUCUCCAAAAAAAAAAAAAAAAAAAAAAAAAAAGACUAUUGGAUACAUUUGGCAUUGGGCUGAGUGUGGUGGCUCAUGCCUGUAAUCCCAGCACUUUGGGAGGCUGAGACAGACGGAUCAUCUGAAGUCAGGAGUUUAAGACCAGCCUGGCCAACAUGGCAAAACCCCAUCUCUACCAAAAAUACAAAAAUUAGCCAGGCGUGGUGGUACACGUCUGUCAUCCCAGCAGCUCUUAAGGCUGAGGCAUGAGAAUUGCUGGAACCCGGGAGGCAGAGGCUGUAGUGAGCCAAGAUAGCACCACUGCACUCCAGCCUGGGAGACAGAGUGAGACUCUGUCUUGAAAAAAAAAAAAAAAAAUUGGGAGGCCGAGGCAGGCAGAUCACGAGAUCAGGAGAUCAAAACCAUCCUGGCUAACAUGGUGAAACCCCGUUUCUACUAAAAAUACAAAAAAUUAGCUGGGUGUGGUGGUGGGCACCUUAGUCCCAGCUACUCGGGAGGCUGAGGCAGGAGAAUGGCGUGAACCCGGGAGGCGGAGCUUGCAGUGAGCCGAGAUCGCGCCACUGCACUCCAGCCUGGGCAACAGAGCAAGCCUCCGUCUCAAAAAAAAAAAAAAAAAAAAAAAAAAAUUGGCACUAGUCUUCACUGGAAUACAAUCCAUUAGUAAAAGAUUUUUCUUUUUUUUUUAACAUGUGGUCUUGCUCUGUUCCCGAGGCUGGAGUGCAGUGGUGCGAUCUUGGCUCACUGCAACCUCUGCCUCCCAGAUUCCAGCAAUUCUCCUGCCUCUGCCUCCCAAGUACCUGUGAUUACAGGUGCCUGCUACCAUGCCCAGCUAAUUUUUGUAUUUUUAGUAGAGACAGGGUUUUGCCAUGUUGGCCAGACUGGUCUCGAACUCCUGACCUCAGGUGAUCCACCCACCUCGGCCUCUCAAAGUGCUGGGAUUACAGGUUUGAACCACCACACCCAGCCAGUAAAACAAAUUUUGAAAGCCGUUGCAGCUAUUUGGUAGUGUCUUGUUAUUUCUAGGUGCACCUUAGUUAAAGGGGAAAGAUAAAAUGGAAAAAAGCUUGGAAAUCAGUGAUGUGUAGUUAUUUGGCAAGUUACACAUAAUUAGCAGCAGCCAGGCUCAAGAAAAUAAAAGUUGAUUAGUUGAUCAGAAAUAAAAUCUGGAGAGUGAAUUAGAUUUCUGAGUUGUUGUUGUUAAUGGAACAUUCUAUAUGAGACCUUUUUCAGGUGUGUAGCAAUUCUACCAUGUCCAUAUUUUUAAGCAUUAAAAAGGAACUUAUCAGUUGUAAAUUAAGAUCCAAAUAGUCAUAUUUUUGUGUUUCCUCCAAAAAAAUGUAAGAUUUCCAUUUUUGGCAUUGACUAACUGAGCCUACAUCUAGAUUUUAAAUACCAUCUUGAAUCCUAAUAAUUAUAUUAAACCGAUGAAAGUGCAUAUCAUUGUUCCUAACAUUUAUGAACCCCCAUAAAGAUGUUCCUGAUCUUUAAAAUUCAUUAAUCUGAGUAUUAAGUAGAAACAGAAUUUUCCAAAGCAUUAGACAUCACUUUCUCAGUUUAUCUGAGGUGACUUCGUGUACAUCUGUUUCUAAUAUAUUUGACUAAUUUUCAUGAUCUCAGAUUGUGAGGUAAAUGUAAUCUGGAAUAGUAAGUGUCUUCUACCUAGAUUACAUCUCUCAUUUGGAGUUUGGCAAUGAAACAGCUAUGAAGAAUGACUGUACUCUCCCAUCUGUCCCUGGAUGACAUAAAUAUCAUUUGCUUUGUUGUUUAAACUGAAAUAAAGUUUUCCAAGAACAAA